GUGCCAUCUUACGCGUCAGUGUUGCACCAUCGAAAGCUUCUCUGAUCGGCAAGGAGCCAGUACUUAUGUUCGAGGAUUCUUCGCCUCUAUUCGAAAUUCACGUUUUUGAUAAGACAACGCAAAAGGGCACGAACGCGUGCAGCUUAGAAAACGGCGGGUGCGAGCAGUUCUGUUUUUUCGUGAAGCAACAAGUGACUUGCGGUUGUGGCGACGGAUAUGCUGUGAACAACAAGAACCCGAAGUCAUGCUCCGUUGAUGACGAAUGGUCGCACAAAAGGCGCUGUCCCGGAGACCAGUUCGAGUGUAGGCGUAAUUACAGGUGUAUCGAUGAGAAGUACGUGUGUGACAGCGACGAUGACUGCAAGGAUGGGUCCGAUGAAGAUAACUCAAUCGACGGGCCAUGUUAUAAUCACUCAUGCAGCGUCGACCAGUUCCGAUGCAAAUCCAACCGCUGUCUGCCAAAGUCAUGGGUGUGCGACGGAGAUCACGACUGCCAAGACGGAGACGACGAACUAAACUGCGAAACUACUGGCUGCGGUCAUAACAAGUUCCAGUGCAAGACGACAAAGAAAUGCAUUUUGUCGGAUUGGGUGUGCGACCACGAAUUUGACUGCGGGAUGAACGACACGUCUGACGAGCACGAGAACUGUGAAUAUCCAACCUGUCAGCCUGAUCAGUACACUUGCUUCAACAAGCAGUGUAUUCCGCUGAUCUACGUAUGCGAUGGCGACAAAGACUGCAGAGACGGAUCAGACGAAGUGCACUGUGAUUUUGGUUGCGUUUACGGCGAGGAGUUCCGAUGCAGUCCGACCAGUUCAUGCAUCAACAUCCUGUACAAGUGUGACGGCUAUCCAGACUGUUCGGAUGGUUCUGAUGAAGAAAACUGUGCUAUCCUGAAUGGAAACUGCACACUGAACCAGUUUCAGUGCGAAACAUCUAACCAGUGUAUACGCUCGUUGUUUCGUUGCGAUGGCGAUCGCGACUGCGCGGACGGUUCCGAUGAAAAAGGCUGUGAAAACGUCACCUGUCAUUCGAGCCAGUUCCGAUGUAAAGAUAACAGAAGGUGCAUUCUAAAAAAUUUAGUCUGUGACGGAUCGGAAGAUUGUGAAGAUGGUUCAGAUGAGGAAAAUUGUAGUGACACAGCGCUUGAAAACAAAUGUGUGUUGCCAAAUUUUGCUUGUUGGAACGAUUCGAAGAUUUGCAUCAGCCCGGAGCACCUCUGCGAUGGCGUACACGACUGUCCUGAUGGCAGCGAUGAAGGAAUGCUGUGCAGCGAGCGGCAGUGUACAAAGUUGAACCUGUGCUCAGAUUUGUGUUAUAACACUCCUAACGGAUUUGUCUGUUCAUGCAGACAUGGAUAUAAGCUGCAGCCUGACGGUCGCACUUGUUCAGUUGAAGAUCCGUGCUUGCAAUGGGGAGUAUGUAGUCAGCAUUGCAAAUCUCAGGGUAUUCAUUACUUUUGCUAUUGUGAGAAGGAUUACGAACUGCUUCCGGACAAGUUUACCUGCAAAUCGUUAGAGCACAUACGACCAUAUAUCAUUUUUUCUAAUCGUCAUGAUAUUCGUCUUGUCGGUCUUCGCGAUGACAUCACGUCGUCACUCGCUUUAAACUUGAAAAAUACUAUUGCCAUCGACUUCUGCUACGAGGGCGAACAGUCGUGGAUUUUUUGGACUGAUAUUGCAACUGACAAAAUAUAUAGAGGUCUACUUGUUGAUCAUGCGCUAACUAGCGUUGAAGUUAUUGUGCAAUACGGAAUUGCGACGGCAGAAGGAAUCGCCGUCGACUGGAUAGAGAAAAAUUUGUACUGGGUUGACAGCAGCUUAGAUCACAUCGAAGUGUCUAAAUUUGAUGGACGCUGGCGCGCCACAAUUGUUUCUGGGCAAAUGCAGAAUCUCAGAGCGUUGGCUAUUGACUCUAGAAAAGGGCUGCUGUUUUGGACUGAUUGGGAAGAAAGUAAUCCUCGCAUUGAACGCAGCUCGUUAUCUGGCAGCAAAAGGAUACACAAUCUGGUGCAGGUGCUCGCCGUCAAGGGAGGUGGCUGGCCGAACGGCAUAACGCUGGACUAUUUGCUGGAAAGAUUAUACUGGAUCGAUGCAAAGUCUGAUUCGAUCCAUACGACCGACUAUAAUGGACAUGAUCAUCGGCUUGUGCUGAAAGCGCACGACUUUCUUUCUCACCCUUUCGCUAUCGUUAUUUUCGAAGACAGAGUUUACUGGACGGACUGGAGAGUAAAUUCUAUUGUUCGGGUAAGAAUAUUUUAUGCGGCUCUGCAAGUGUACCACUUCGACGUGGCUAAUAAAUGGAAUGGUUCGGACGUGCAGAUAAUACAGGGUACGUCGGCGCAACCAUUUGACGUGAAAAUUUUGCAUCCGUCCAGACAACCGAAGCUAAUAAAAAAUCCAUGCGGACAAAACAGCGGCGGUUGUUCACAUCUGUGCUUGAUCGAAAGCGAAAACUCGAGCGUUUGCAAGUGUCCUUACCUCAUGAAGCUGGAAGAGGACAAGAAAACCUGUACAGACUUAGAAGAAGCCCUUCUUAUCGUACAUCCGAUGUUGAUAAUUGGAAUCGAUAGCAAAGUGCCAGAUCUGAACGUGAUGCCAGUUCUUACGAAUUCACUGGUAGAGAAUGUCAGUGCUCUAGAUAUCCACGUUUCGCAAAAGAUGUUAUAUUGGACGGACGUGAAAACCGGUGCCAUUCACCGUGUCCAGCUGAACGGGUCUCUGAUCAAAACCGUGAUCGAUGCAGAUCUGGACAAUCCGUUCGGCCUGGCGAUCGACUGGCUAUCCAAUAACUUAUUCUUUACAUCCUACGAUGGAUCGAACGCACGUAUUUCUGUGUCGACAUUGAACGGCGAAUAUCGCCAAGUGCUGAUAGAACACGAGCGCAAUAACAAGAACAGCAUUCAAAAGCCAACAUUCAUUGCUGUCCACCCGACCAAAGGGUAAGC